CACUGCGACCCUUUUCUCACUACUGCCCUUUCCAGCCAGGACUGACUGCCUAAAAGACCUGUGCUUGACGUCUCCUUCCUUCCUUCCUUCCUUCCUCGACAGACCCAUCCAACGUUUCCCCACUGUCAUGGACCCCAACGCCAUCAAGGAGGAGCUGCGCCUGUUUCAGAGUACCCUACUCCAGGAUGGUCUGAAAGAGCUGCUAAAUGAGAAUAAGUUUGUGGAUUGCACCUUGAAGGUUGGCGAGCGCAGCCUGCCCUGCCAUCGACUGAUCAUGGCCGCCUGCAGCCCUUACUUCAGGGAGAUCUUCUUUACAGAAGAUGGGAAGGAGGUGGAGAACACCAAAGAAGUGAUCCUGGAGGAUGUCAAUGCCUCAGUCCUGGACAUGAUCAUUCAGUACCUGUACUCUGCUGAGAUUGACCUCACAGAUGACAACGUUCAGGAUAUAAUCGCCGUUGCAAACAAAUUCCAGAUCCCUUCCGUUUUCACUGUUUGCGUCAACUUCCUACAGAAGAAGAUCUCGGCUGCCAACUGCAUGGCAAUCUUCAGGAUGGGCCUUGUGCUCAGCUGUCCCCGGCUCGCCGUGGCCGCUCGCAACUUUAUCGCCGACCACUUUGAGUUGCUACAUAAAGAUGAGGAGUUCCUCAGACUUGCAGCCCACGAGCUGUUUGCCAUCAUCGGUGGAGAUUCACUGAAUGUGGAGAAGGAAGAAGUGGUGUUUGAAUCGGUCAUGGCGUGGGUUCGCCACGAUAAGGAUAAGCGUGUCAAAGUCCUAAAAGAUGCUUUCAACUGCAUCCGCUUCCGCCUGCUACCUGAGAAGUACUUCAAAGAGAAAGUGGAGACCGAUGACAUCAUCAAGGCAGACCCAGAACUCCAGAAGAUAAUUCAGGUUAUCAGAGAUGCCUUCAAGGGGAAGCUUCCAGAGAAGUCCAAGAAAAAGGAAGGGGCCACAAAGGAAGGAAGCGAGGAGGAGCAGGAUAGCCCUUUCCCUGGCUUUUUGAACGACAAUCGUAGACACGGAAUGUACGCGCGGGACUUUAUCCUGAUGGUGAACGACUCGGCGGCGGUGGCUUACGACGUGAACGAGAACGAGUGCUUUCUGGCGGCCAUGUCAGAGCAGGUCCCACGCAACCACGUCAGCAUGACGUCACAGAAGAACCAGCUCUUUAUCAUCGGGGGUCUGUUUGUGGAUGAAGAAAACAAGGAUGUCCCUCUGCAAUGUUAUUUCUACUCGUUGGAUCCAGUUGCUUCUGACUGGGUCGCCCUGCCGCCCAUGCCCUCUCCCAGAUGCCUUUUCAGCAUUGGCGAGAGCGAAAACUUGCUGUUUGCCGUGGCCGGAAAAGACCUGCAGACUAAUGAGUCUCUCGAUACUGUCAUGUGCUAUGACACUGAGAAGAUGAAGUGGAAUGAGACGAAGAAGCUUCCUCUCAAGAUCCAUGGACAUGCUGUUGUGUCCCACAAGGGGAUGGUCUACUGCAUUGGGGGCAAGACAGAUGACAACAAAGCUCUCAGCAAGAUGUUUGUGUACAACCACAAGCAAUCAGAGUGGAGGGAGUUGGCGUCAAUGAAAACACCCAGAGCAAUGUUUGGGACCGUCAUCCAUGAUGGCAAGAUUGUAGUGGCAGGUGGAGUCAAUGAGGGAGGCCUCACCUCCUCCUGUGAGACCUACAACUUUGCAACAAACAAAUGGGAGCCUUUUGCAGAAUUCCCUCAAGAGAGGAGUUCUGUCAACUUGGUGAGUACCGCUGGCUGCCUGUACGCUGUGGGCGGUUUCGCCAUGAUUGAAACGGAGAACAAGGAGGUGGUUCCCACGGAGGUCACCGACGUUUGGCAGUAUGAGAACGACAAGAAGCAGUGGAGCGGGAUGUUGAGGGAGAUGCGCUACGCGGCUGGUGCUUCCUGCGUGUCUGUGCGCCUUAAUGCAGCCAGGAUGCCCAAAUUGUAGGGAGGAGCUUUCUCCUUUCAGCAUUCUUCUCAUAUUCACUUGACUCCUGCCACAGUUGGCUGACCCGAGAUGCCAAAUUCAUUGUAUGAAAAUUUGAAUGCGUACCAUAAAAGUCCAGUCAACUCUUAAAAGACUCAUCAUCAUCCACAGAGUUCCAAGGAAAUAACUAUUUCUAAAGCUCUAUUUACAGCAUUUUGUAAAAUAAAGAUUUUUACAGUU